AGUACCGACGUGUCCCAUGAUUUGGGUGUCUGUUUAUUAUAAUCCAAUGUGUAUUGCAAAACUUUUUAGGCAUCUGCACCGUGAACAUUUGAAUGUACUCUAAUGUAGCUAGCUAAAUACAGAUAUUAAGUUUAAAGGGGAGUUUCAUCUUAAAGUAAUUAAAGAAAUUUCUGCCAUGCAUGUGUUCGUGCCGUGGAAAUUCUAUACAUUUUUAGUUCCUGCGUUUUUUUCUGACUGUCUUAACAUUUUGUACGUUUUCCUUUGGAUUGUUAUUUUUCGUACUCAUUUUUUUAUUGGCCAACUAUAAUUUACACUACAUGCAGACCUCUUGAAUGUUCAAUAACAUCCGGUCAAUAAAAUACAGUAGAAAAUAAAUGUCUUAGGAUAUUUAAAUAGCUCACAUCUAGCUUAUUAAUGUAUGAAAAAAUUCUCAGUAAAAUACACUAUUUAUUAAUUUAAUAUACAUGGAAUAGCAAUAAAAACUACAACAAAUGGUAAGUUCCCGUGCGAUCGGGCAUUAGACUAGAAGAAGCAACAUCAGUUAAUAAAUGUGCAAACAAAAACAAACGCCAUUGUGCUGUACGUCACAGAGAAACUUGGCUUCGUGAAACGUGCAGUGCUCCGCCAUUUUCCUGUACGGCCGUGGGACUUCCCUUGGUUAAUAUCUAUUGUAGUGUGGAAAUUAGUUAUUGCAAGUAUCCAUUACAUUUUAGCAAGGUAAGAUGGUAAUCUCAUGCGCUGCUGUAAACUGCACUAAUCGUCAAGGCAAAGUGGAUAAAACCGAGGUGUCAUUUCAUAGGUUCCCCAUAAAAAAUGCAAGCCGUUUAGCCAAAUGGAAACGGGCGGUGAGGCGGGAGAACUGGAUGCCCAACAAGUACUCCUUCCUGUGCAGCCGACACUUUACCCCAGACAGCUUCCUGCCGGGCUGUGAGGACCAACACAGGCAGCUCAAGGCCGGUGCUGUGCCGAGCAUCUUUGACUUCAGCCCCGUGGACAAGGGCACAAGGGGCAGCAUCCGCAAGAAACUGCUGAGUGCACAGGAGUCAGAGGAUGAGGAGGAAGAGGCAGCAGCGGCCUAUAAAAGGCCUACGCAGAGUUACAGAGGGCAGUCAAAGGGAAUAAGAAUUUCCUCAAUACCGGGUUACAAUGAUCACACCGGUGCUGUCAUCUCUGGUCCUGAUACUAACCCGGCGGCCCCUGGUGGCUUGCCUCCGCAGCCCCUGAGUCAGCAGACUGUAGGAGAGUGGUCUCUGGAUGGAGAGGAGGAGGUCUUCAAGCCCUCAUCCUGCGACCUCAUCGAUGCCUUGCACUCUUACAGCAGCACCUCCCGCCCGGAACGAGGCCACUGCAGGCACUGGGGUCGCAGCCCUGGCGGAGCGGCGUGUGCCAAACCGGGGGAAAGGGCACCCCUCACGGCCAGACCAACGGGGCCACGUCAGAGGGGCGUGACACGACGGCAUCACCGGCCAGGAUUACAGAUACGGAGGUUGAGGAGGCGUUUGGGAAUCCCCACAGAGGCCCCUUUAAACCCAGCAAUCGCGCCCCUCGACUGGCUGCUGGGAUCUUGGGAGUCGGACGAGCCGGGGGAGGGCUCCUUCCCCACCAUCGCGCCUUUUCGCUACACCGAGACGCUGCACUUCAGCCAGGUCGGCCAGCCCGUCAUCAAUUUCAUGUUCAAUGCCUUCCACGCAGAGAGUAAAAAACCACUGCACAGAGAGUGCGGCUUCAUUAGGAUUCAGCCUGGGACCAACAGAGUGGCUUUCAUCAUCGCCCAGAACUCAGGCCUGGUGGAGAUCGAGGAAGGCCAGCUCGCCGGCCAGCUGCUCUCCCUGCAGAGCCAGGCCCUCGCCAGGGCCUCCUUCUCCAAGGAGCCUCACGUCCAACAGAUCACCAGGCUCUUCCAGCUGAGGGCAGACGGCAAGCUGGAGCAGACGGUCUCCAUGGCGACGGGGGACCAGCCGCUGACACAGCACUUGCACAUUAUUUACCGGCGGUCUUCCUGAUGACCUGGGCCCACGGCGCCCCCUCCUGGCACAGGGUUUAGUUGUAAUAUAUAUUUCCUUUACUCAGGACAAACUGACGAUAGUGGUAACCUUCUAAAUCCAUAUCAUGGUGAAAUGGCACCAUAUACAUUGUCAAAUACCAUGUUUUAUAUACUAUUUUAUGGCAGUGCCAAACUAACUGAUUGCUACACUCGUUUUUAUUUUUAAAAAACACGCACACACCUUUUAGAUAUCAGCCAUUAAUUCAGCAAAAACUCUUUACCGGUCCCUACACACAUUUGAGAUCGUACAGCAUUUAUUAAGACAUUUUUUUUCUUAUUGAAAUGAGUCGGGGGGGGUUGUGUAAUCACUUGUUUGUACUGGUAGUAGGUGCUUUGUAUUAAGUGUCCGGACGCUAGUAAUUUGUGAAGUUACUAUGAAAGUGCAUGUGAACGGCGAGGCUCAUUAAACAGACGUUCAGAACGACA